GUAUGUUUAUUUGUGACGAUAGCCUGUUAGCGUAUUUGCCUUAUAAAAUUUAAAAAUAACAGAAGUUCGUAAACUAAUAUAAAAAAUAUGGAAGAGUUACUGCAGAUUAAGCUAGAGCCAACUGAUGCCGAGUUUACGAGAACCCAGUGCACAAAUAAUGUCGACGGUUUAUUAGAAAACUUAGAGCAAGACGAUGUCCAACUCCAUGAAGUUGAUGUCUCCAAAGCGGAUUAUCUUCCAGAAAGUAAUAGACCACCCAACUCCGCAGAAACAACGAGCGAUUCUGAAAACUAUAAUGAAUCUGAUCAAAGCAAGCAAAAGGUACCCGCCGACGAGUUGAACAACGGGAAACAAACCAACAGCGUAGAGUCAGUACCUCCCACUUCAACUGUUGUUCCACGACCGCACGGGUGUGAACUUUGUACUACACGAUUCGCAUUGAAGCAUCACCUUGCCGAACAUGCUCGGGUACAUCACGGCGGACGGCGCUUCUGUUGCGGUGUCUGUGGUAAGGCAUUCACUAGGAGUAGUGAUCUUGCGUACCAUCGAACCAUCCACACCGGGGAACGUCCAUUCAAAUGCACCCAGUGUGGAAAGAAUUUCGCACACAAAGGUGCCCUCACUGCACAUAUAUCACUCCACACGGGUGAGUAUCGGUGGACGUGUGAUGUGUGUGGCAAAGGAUUCAGUUCCGGCUUUCGGUUGAAAGAACACACGCCCAUUCAUACGGGUGAGCGACCAUUCAAGUGCACCGUUUGCGGUAAAGAUUUUGCCCAAAGAAGUGCGCUACGAGGGCACAUGCCGCUUCAUACGGGUGAGUAUCGCUCAAAGUGUGAUGUGUGUGGCAAAGGUUUCACAACAAAAUAUCGCUUAAAGGAACACAAGCGGGUUCAUACCGGUGAGCGACCGCACAAAUGCGAUAUCUGCGGGAAGGAGUUUGCUGCAUCGAAUCAAGUGGCGGCUCACAUACGUACUCACACAUACCGGCGGUAUCAGUGUGAAAUUUGUGGGAAAAACUUCAUCGGGAAUUAUUUACUCGUCCAUCAUAUGCGCACCCACGAGGGCAUCUACUGCUUCGAAUGCGACAUUUGUGGCGCAGGGUUCGUGCACAAAUCCACUUUAAUCAAACACAUGCGCACACACACCGGCGAAAAACCAUUCAAGUGCGAUGUAUGUGGCAAGGGUUUUGCGAUGUCAGGAACCCUGAAUCGGCAUACACGCUCCCAUGGCAUCGAAGGACUAUUUGGUUGUGAAGGUUGCAAACGGCGGUUUGUCACUCAGCAAGAAUUAAACAAGCAUAAGUGUGAAGAUGUGGUCGACUACUCGCAGUGUUGAGCGCCUCAACGCGUAGAACAGUAUGGGAGUGAAACUUCGUCAAGUUUGGAGAUGCAUUGCAGCACAACCUGGUCAAUAAGUUUGUUGGCGGACUAAGUGGUUAGAUGUUCGAUAGAGUAUGUGAGGAAAGCGAGACACUGCCUCUGGAGAAAGCGCAGGAAAUACGAAGCAGAUUCAACAUCAACUACAGCGAUUCACUAUUUAAAAAAAGGCAAUCGGAGUCAAAAUCGAAGUCAAAGGUUAAUCAAUGACAAAACAACAAUAACGGAAAACGGUCGGGUCAUGAGCGGAAGGAUUGCCCUUUCAAGAACUACGUUUGCAACAAAUGUAGCGAAAAGGGGCCCUUACAAACCGAUUUUCAGAAGCCACACCACACUGCUAAAAAUCUUUGUGUGACAGAUAAUUUUUAUGUGCUGCUUCAAAUUGCAAAAAAAUCGUGUGAAAUCAAUAGAUUCAAUAUAGCGAAUUUUAUCAGAGUGCAUGACGGAAUCCUUUGGCCCAGAUAGAGAAAACAUCUCCGAGAACGACUAGCAAAUUGUGGUUCGGCAGCACUACAUUAGUGUCACGAAUUUUCCCUCCACAAUGUGAUGCAGAACCAAGCAAGUGACAGUUUUAUAGUAUGGAGUUAGAUUCCGGGGCAGGUGUGAGCUUUAUUUCCGGAAAGGUAUAUAAGGAAGAAUUCGUUCGUUAUGCACUGGGACAAUCGGUUUUGAAAUUGAAACUUUUUUCGGGAUCCUGGUUUCCGGCCGGUUAUAGAGCAUAAUGUAACUCGUAAGAAAGUACUUAUAGCUGUGGUUGCAGAGGACAGCCCUUCGUUACUACCGGCGUUAUAGAUGCUACAGUUUCUUUGGAAACAGAGGAAAGUGCCAUACCGGUAUUUAUAAAAAACCUCAUCGGGUGCCGUUUAAGUUCCUGCCUAAGCUCGACCCCCAUCAACAGAAGACAAAAAUUAAGCCCGUAAGGUAAUAAGCCUGUUCUAAUGACCCUAGUUUUCCGAUCUGUAUACUUCACAUCCUUACUCUUACUUGAGUACUAUGGCUCUAAAUUUUCCCUACCCAGUAAUCUUUAGUUAUUGAAUGUCGUUAAAAUAAUAAAAAAAAAAUCGUUUAAGAUAUGGUUAUGCUAGAACGAGCGGAUGAAAUUCAAGUAGUUGACAGAAGUUGGAAUUCAUCAAUUAAUAGCGAAGGAGAUUCGGUAGUAGCAGGUUUUGAAAGAGGCUUCUGGCGACUGAGAGAAUGUAGAAAAAAUCCGUAAUUGAAAUCCAAUUCUUAUUUCAAGUGAGGCAUAUUAACCAAAACUAUUCACUAUUAUUUUCAAAAUAUGUAAAACUUAAUGUGGGGAUGUAAUGUAUGAUUAUGAU